CAGUGUUUUAAAAGAAAAUAUAUAUAGAUAGAGGGUUAUUUAUGUUCAACACAUAACGCAUUGAAAUAAUUAUCCUGAAAUGGUAUAUGUUCUAGUUAGAGUUUCAUCCUGUUUCCUUAUCACAGUUUGUUCUGCUGUAAAGUUUAAUGACGUCAGCCAAUUACGACAACAUGCAAUGGACAUUUCUAAUGCACUUUCAGGAACAACUGGCACCGGUCAGAUUAAUCGUACAAACGAUUGUGCUAUUACUUGGAAGUUUCAAGGAAUGCUGAUGGGAUUGGAAUGGAAACAGAUUGGAACAUGCAUAGACCAAUGCACAGGGGAAUCUUCUACGACGAUCAAUAGCAGUAAGGGUUGUGCAAUCGAACAAUGUCUAGAUAAUUUAUUUUUGAAGUUGAAAAAGAAAGACAUUCAGUAUUAUGUAUAGAAAAACCAUCAUUUAUUAAUCAUUCUUUUCUUAUAUUAUGUUUAUUCAAAGUAUAUUUUUCCCCAUUUUUAUUAAUUUACAUAGGACAUGAAGCAAUUUUCAUUGUACAUCUACUACUGCUGUAGUAAAUCUAUAUAUAUUCAAUAAUUUAUUCAUCUCGAAAUAUUGCACAAAUACUGGUAACCGUACAUAAUAAAGCCA